AUGCCUGCAGCGAACAAAGCCACCGGCAGCACCAUCCUCGUAGGUCCGGACCAGGACGAUGCGAGGGCGCUGCUCUUCGGCGCCGGCAGUCCCCGGACGCUGCCCAUGAAGGUCAUUGUCUGUGGUCUCGGCCGGACCGGCACAGCCAGCAUGCAAGCAGCCCUAGGUAUCCUCGGCAUUCCGGCCUACCACUCCUUCAACCUAUGGCAAGACUCGCUCGCCAACAUCCGCCUCUGGGACCGGGCCUUUGACGCAAAGUACAACACCAGCCAAGGCGCCAUGAUGCUCUCGCGCAACGGCUUUGACGCCAUCCUCGGCAGCUACUCAGCCGUCGUCGACGUCCCGGGGGCCUUUUUCGGCGCCGAGCUCGCAGCUUUAUACCCAGACGCCAAGGUCGUCAUCCUGAACCGCGACCCGGAGGCGUGGUUCGCCUCGUGCCAGGCGACGUUCACCCAGCGCGCGCAACCUUUACGGCAGGCGCUGCUGCGGCUCGUGACGUGGUGGGACCCCCGGGUGCGGGCGCUCGCCGCGAACCUGGACAAGAAGCAGGCCGAGGUGUGGCGGUUCGAGUGGCACGACGAGGACGCUCGCGAGAAGGCCCUCGCGUUCUUCGAGGGUUAUUAUGGAGAGUGCCGGGCCAGGAUUGCCCCCGGGAGGCGGAUCGAGUUUACUGUCCAGGAUGGGUGGGCCCCGCUCUGUGAGUUUCUGGGCGUCGAGGUGCCGAGUGUGGUUGGCGAGGAUGGGGUCAGGAGGGAGGUGCCGUUUCCGAGGACCAACGAGAGUGCGUCGUUUGCCCAGACACGCCAGAAGUUUGCGGGGCCGAUUCUCCAGCAGGCCAAGUGGGACUGGCUCACACGGAUCGGACUCGUGGCUGCGGUCGGCCAGGCAGUGUUUAUUUCUCGCCGCGUCUGGCUCCCCGUUGUGAUGAGGGUUGUGCAAACAGGAACGGCGGUGCUCGGAGGGGGCUCAGGGGCAGCGUUUGGGCGGUUGAAGUGA